AUGGUGUCGCGUAGCGGUAGAUGGCCCCGUGGCUCAGCGGGCGCUUUCGUUGUGGUCGUGCUUGUGAUUUUCGGUGAACUGUCAAUCAUGGCUAAACAUGCACAGAGCGAAGCGGUAUCUGGUUUUGAAGGUAUUGACUUGCUAGAAGUUUUCACGAGUGGAAACUAUACCAAAGGAAUAACCCAAGAGCAAGGACCACUCUCCCAAUCCAUCAUCUGGCGGAUACGCCCCAAAACAGACCUCAUCACCAUCCCACCGCACCAGAUCGCCCCCUUGCGGAACCAGAUCAUGCAGAGCCAUGCGUUUAGUGUGCACUUCCUCGCGCGGCAGUCUGAACAGACCUCCGGGAUGCUGUUCUCCAUCAGUUCACAGAAAGGUGGGGUGCUGUUCACACUCACCUCCAUCACGCGGACCGGUGAAAUGCGCAUCAGGUAUCGCACACGAGAAUCUGAUAGCCUCUUACAGACGGUGCUUCCGACGCCCUUGAUCGAUUCCGAGCGGUUUGCGCACACCCUUCUCGUCAUCGAUGGUGAUCAGUUGACCCUUUACACCGAGUGCAAAUCCUCUGUAGAUGUCACCCUUGAAGGGGUCGUGAACUUUGACCUUCAAGAUGAUGCAGCAGUGUCAAUUGCGCAAGGUCCCUUAGGAAGGAAUAAGUUCAAUGGCUGGAUGCAGGAGCUGAUGCUCUAUCCCUUAGCGUUGACCGACAAGCCUUGGACAUGCUCGCAAGAAAGUGUUGCUGCCGGGAAUGGGGACGUCUUUUUGAAUGACCAGCCCCAGCUUGCUGAAUUAAGGAGUAGAGAAACGCUAGUCAUAGAGCCUCAGCAGAACGACGGUCCUGCAGCGGCCGCAGCUCUGACGCAAGGAGAGUCUGACCGUAUCCAACGUUUGGAGGCAUCGAUCAGAGGCAUGACCAUUAUGGUGGACAUGCUUAAAGCACAGGUGUCAUUUCUGGACCAGAGAUUGAUUGAGCGGGAGAGGUGCGAUUGUAGGAGCCCUGACACCGGUAACCUCUCUCCUUGCUUUCAUGAAGGCCAGCAGUACAGGGAUGGUGAUUCAUGGUUUCCUGAUCCAUGUACAGCAUGCAACUGCCAGAAUGGAGAAUCUGUUUGCCGAGUUGACAUGGAGCGCCAGCAGUGUCGCGAACCCUGUGCCAUCAACCCCUGUCAAAAUGGAGGCACCUGUCAAACCCUUCCCUCGGUCGGAACUUUCGUCUGCAUCUGCCCUCCGACCUGCACGGGACAGCGGUGCGAGCACAAGAUUAACGUGUGUGCCUUGCCUCUGGCAUAUGGUAACUGCGAUGCUGUGGGCCUGAUCAGAUACUUCUAUAACUACAACAGCAUGCGAUGUGAACAGUUUGAAUAUACAGGAUGUGAUGGGAAUAACAACAACUUUAGAUCCGAGAGGGAUUGCCAGGAGCAAUGCAUGAUGGGAGCCUGCUGUCGACGCAGCCUUGAGAACCAAGGCGGUGGCGCUAUGACUCCAACAGGAUUCACAUGUAUGGAAACAACAAUGAGUAACUGCCGUGACCAGACCACAGCGGCCCAACCCUUGAACUCUAGGGAGCAAAGGUUAGAGGUCACCGCCUUCCAUCCAGGAAUGUCGUGCGCCAAUGUGACCUGUGACAUUCCUGGAGAUAGGUGCAUGGUUGCAGGGGAAUAUGCAGCAUAUGCUGGGGAGAACUUCAGGAGUGGCUGCCAGUCCUGCCAGUGUCUUACUGGAGGCCGGGUACAGUGCAGGUGUGAGAACUUGACAACGAGGAAGGAGAUCCGUGAUAUGACCCGGUUAGAGAUGGACCUGUUCCAAUCUGCCAUCCGUCAGCUCCAGUCCUCUGGACCAGAGUCCCGCUGGGCCCACAUGAGGGACCUCUACAUGAAGCAUGUGAUGGAGGCCCACAGUCAGGCUUCUUUCCUGGUCUGGCACAGGACCUUCCUCCGGGAGGUGGAACGUAUGCUGCAGGAAAUCGACUGCAGAGUUGCUCUCCCUUACUACGACUUUACAACAGAUGUGGGUAAUCUGUCUCAUGCUAUGGUAUGGCAACCCAAUUACUUUGGUGGUGAUGGUGUCGGGCCAGGGAGCUGCGUGCCAGACCAUCCCUUCCGCUCUCGGGGCCAGUGGGAGCCCUGCCUUGCCAGGCAGUUCCAAUCCAAUGCCCACCUUCCGUCCAAGAUCGACGUCGCCCAGGCCAUGUCCAGCCCUGACUUUGCCACCUUCGAGGCCUGCCUCCAAGCCAUCAUCGGACACGUCUACAGCUACAUCGGAGGCCACAUCGCAUCCUCCGCGGCUCCGUACGACCCCAUCUUCUUCGCUCUCCAGUCUUACCUCGACAUGCUUUUCUGGCGCUGGCAGCAGAUGAAUGGGAACACCAACGGCUACCCUGUGCAGGCUCGAGAGGUCCCGAUGGUUCCCUUCGGUAUGCGGCCGAUGGAUGUCAUCAGUUCAGAAGCACAGCUCUGUGUGACCUAUGCCCUCCAGGGCUUCGGACAUCCUUGCAACAACACAGGCUUGCUGUUCGAUGACCAGGGGUACGAUGCCGAGGGCUUUGACAGGAAUGGAUUUGACAGAUUUGGUUUUGACAGAUUUGGAUAUGACAUCAGUGGGCGUAACCGCUUUGGUCAGGCCGAUCCUAGAGAGAUCUACAUCUAUAAUAUGUAUGACUUUGAAGGAUACGAUAGGAGAGGAUACGACAGGAGAGGCUACAACAGAUUUGGAUUCAACGUAGAAGGUAUUAACAGAGAUGGAUUUGAUGUUAGCGGAUAUGACAGAAGGGGAUUCAAUCGCUAUGGCUUUGAUCGCACUGGAUACGAUGAGCGUGGAUUCAACCCGUUUGGCUACCAUCGAAGUGGGGUCUCAGAUACAUCAGACUACUACAACAAUCAAGGAUACAACUUCCGCUGCUUGGACCGAAGCGGAGUCAACCGGGAGGGUUACGACAGGUUUGGCUUCAACUCCAACUACCUGGACGCCUCCUACUGCAACUACACCUACACCGGCCCUCACGCUCUCUACCUCACCUACCACCUCGACGAGCUACUCUUCAAACAGAACGUGGAUUUCUUGAGAUCGAUCCCCCGGACCUGCCCCCUCCCGGCGCAGGAGCCGGUGCUGUGGUAUGAACAGACCUGGCUGACAUCGCCCAAGGAUCUUCCGAGUAAGAACAGUGUCCUGGGCAUCAGCCACUUCCCGUUGUCAACAAAUUCAAGGAGAUUCUGCAUGGACGUUGAACCACUGAUCUCCAACUGCCCAUGUGAUGGUGAACCAGUGGUUUGCACCCUCAACCCAUGUGAUAUAGGGUGUGGUGGAUUUGAGAAUGCUGUCUGCUUCCUUGACUUCUGCAAUGAAUGCCGGGCCACAUGGUAUCGGGAUGGAAACCCUGUGGACUGCGGACUGGAAAUCAAUGAUUGUGUAAACGGUACGAUCACCCACCGAUCUGGCUCUCUGUGGAAACCGGAUGCCUGUACCACGUGUACCUGUGAUAGAGGCACGGUAGACUGUGAGAGAGAUUCAUGCCUACCGACCCUCUGUGACUAUCCUUCUACCCCGUUUGGAGAAUGCUGUCCAGUUUGCUAUAAUUGCCAGUAUGGAGAGCAGAUGAUUGUUAACAGGGAGACUAUCGUACCACUCAAUGAUAACUGUGCAGUGUGUGAAUGCAGGAAUGGGAACGUGAGAUGUCAGACGACAGACUGCCCCAGCCCGCAGUGUACACACCCACUCAAACCAAGAAAUGGAUGCUGCCCAGAAUGCAAUGGUUGUGAUUACGAAGGCAGAAGACUGUCUAACGGAGAGACCUUUUCUGGCGAUGUCUGCUCAUCCUGCACCUGUAGCUACGGCUCGGUGACUUGUGAACCCCUGCGCUGUCCGACGCUGAGCUGCCUUCAGCAGACCACUCCCACUGGCGAAUGCUGCCCUCGCUGUACAGACGGCUGCGAGUACGAGGGAAUGGAGUUUAGCAACGGGGACUUCUUCACGCCGAUGUCCAACCCUUGUCUCAGGUGUUCUUGUUUGAAUAACAUUGUUCGAUGCAACCCUCUCCCCUGCGAGGACGCACCUUGCCCGAACCCAGUGCUUCUCCUGGGUGCGUGCUGCCCCAUCUGUACCGACAAGUGUGUCUACAAUGGCCGCACCUACAACAAUGAAGACCGCUGGGUGGCCGAUGACCAGUGCCAGCAGUGCAGGUGUCAGGAGUCAAAGGUCAUAUGCAUUGACCUGACCGAGUGCAGGGUGGAGUGUCAACAUGGACACAUUGCUGAAGGGCAGUGCUGUUCAGACUGCACAGACUGUUCCUAUGAGGGGCAGUUCAGACGUAACGGCGAAGACUUCAACAGCGCCAACGACUGCAACACUUGCCGCUGUCACUACGGCACAGUUCGUUGCCAGCGCCGCCCAUGUCCAAGCACCGGAUGUCGCCAAGAAGAGACCCUUGAUGGAGAGUGCUGCCCGGUCUGCCGCGGCUGCCUCGAUCGAUCCGGGACACGCCACGACCACGGUGACAGGUUCAUCCCGCCGUACGACGUCUGCUCUGAGUGUUCCUGCGCUGAGGGCAGGCUGACCUGCCAGACGAUCCAAUGCACGGAUCUCUGCUCGCAUCCCGUCAUCAACGCCAACGAGUGCUGUCCAGUCUGUGAUAGCUGCCAGGAUGGCUCCGUUCUGUAUGCCAACGGGGAUAUCGUCCAGAGUCCGGAGCGUUGCCAGACGUGUCGCUGUUCUCAGGGAAGCAUCAUCUGCGAUCGGGUGCCGUGCCCGCAGCUGUCAUGCCAGAAUCCGGUCAGAAUGCCUGGCCAGUGCUGCCCUGAGUGCAGGCAGUGUGUCUUUGAAGGCACCACCUAUCAGAAUGAUGAGGAGUUCAUCUCUCAGAGAGAUCCAUGCCAGAGGUGUAGAUGUGAGGUGGGAGAGGUACGAUGCACUGAUCAGCGCACCCAGGGGCUUAUAUGUGGCCCCCCUUGCACCCAUCCGGUCCAGAUACCGGGUCAGUGCUGCCCUGAGUGCUCUCAGUGUGAGUACGAUGGUAGGAUCAUCCCAGACGGUAUGCAGUUCAGACACUUCACAGAUGCUUGCCAGAUAUGCUCCUGUUCCAGGGGAUCUGUUAAUUGCGAUUCCGAGGCUUGUCCUUCUGCGCAGUGUAGCAACCCUGUUUACGUCAACCCAGAUGACUGCUGCCCUCGAUGCCAGGUGUGUGUAGAUGCUGGCAGAGAGUACCUGGAUGGUGAUCGAUGGGAGUCGAGCAGUGAUCCUUGUCUGGAAUGCAGUUGUCAGGACCUUCGAGUUACCUGUGAGCCCAGACCUUGUCCUGCAGUACAGUGCACUCAUCCUGGCAAGAUCCACAGUAUGUGUUGUGCAGAGUGUACUAACUGCGAGUACGACCGCCGCUACAUCACCAACGGACAAGUCUUUGGAAACCCUCUCAAUCAAUGUGAACGAUGUACCUGUCUGAACGGGAACAUCAUCUGUGAGCCACAGGAGUGUCCUCCAGCACUAUGUCAACAGCCAUACACCCCUGAGGGUCAGUGUUGCCCUGUCUGCAGGGAGUGCACCUACAGCGGCGUGGAGUACCAGGAAGGACAACGGUUCACAUCUCCGCAGAACCCUUGCGUAGAAUGCACAUGUAGGGGUGGACAGGUGUCGUGUGAGCCGCAGCCUUGCCCACCUGCAAACUGUCCAUACCCGAUGCGAGAAACCUGCUGUGCCACGUGUGAUGGAUGCUUUUAUAACGGGAUGAACCAUGAUAAUGAUGCCUUGUUUCUUGACACCUCUCAAGAUUGCCAAGAAUGCCAAUGUGUCAGUGGGGAUGUCUUGUGCACUAGGCCUCUUUGUCCUGACUUUGAAAACUGUGAGAUUGAGAGAACCCCACCUGGCGAGUGUUGCCCAAUUUGCGAAGUGCAGAAGAAGUUGACGUGUUCCUUCGGAGACCAGACGCACAAUGACGGUGACACAUUCUACAAUCCCAUUAAUAACUGCCAGAGAUGCGAGUGCAGGAAUGGAAAGGUGGAGUGUGCUGAUUCUCCAUGCCCUGCUGUUUCCUGUAGUCAUCCAUUGACUUUCGGGUGCUGUCCUUCAUGUGAUGGAUGUACGUAUGGUAAUGACAGUUAUGCCAAUGGAGUCGUGUUUGCCGAACCAGAUAAUGCUUGCGGACAAUGCUCAUGUGAAGGUGGAUCUGUUUCUUGUAGUCCACUGUCAUGCCCACCCCUUAACUGUCCACACAGGACAAAGCCUGAAGGAGUUUGUUGCGAGAUCUGUGUCGACUUGGAUUGUGUAUUCCUUGGAGAAACCUUCUUGCAUGGAAGGCGAUUCGAACAUCCACAAGACGUAUGCCAGGAAUGCGUCUGUGAUGAUGGAAACAGUGAUUGCGCCGUGGCCCCUUGUCCAACUCUGAACUGUCCAUACCCAAAACGAGGGCCAUGCUGCGAACAGUGUGACGGUUGUUUGUAUAAUGGAGACGAGUUCAACGACGGUGAUGUCUUCUUCAAUCCUAUAGAUCACUGCCAGGAAUGUGAGUGUCAGUCUGGAUUUGUGAACUGCAGACCAAGAACGUGUCCACCAGCUACGUGUGACUACCCGGUGACCAUCUCUGGGGAUUGCUGUCCUGUCUGUGAUGGCUGCCUUUACUUGGGACGUCCGUUUGAAAAUGGAGGGUCCUUCCGAAACCCUCAGGAUAUAUGCCAGUCUUGCACAUGCAGGGAUGGUAAUAUUAUCUGUGAGAGAGCAGAAUGUCCUGUAGCCAGCUGUCCAUUUCCGGGCCAAGACCAGUGCGGCUGUCCAACGUGCGAUUCAUGCGACUACAACAACAUAGAAUAUACAGAUGGUGCAAUAUUUCCUCACAGCAACGACACAUGCCGUGAGUGCAUCUGCAGACAGGGCGAUGUGGACUGUAGAUUACGGGAAUGUCCGCAACCUAGGUGUUUUCAUCCAAUCCAGCUUCCAGGGAGGUGUUGUCCCUCUUGCGAUGGAUGCACUUACGAUGAAACCAGCUAUGAAAAUGGACUGGAGUUCACAGAUACUGUUGACUCUUGUAGGGUUUGCACAUGCCUGAAUGGAAAUGUUAACUGCGCUACUCGUCCUUGUGAUGUUGUUUCCUGCACACAUCCCAUGCAAGAUGCUUGCAAUUGCCCCACUUGUAAUGGCUGUAUGUAUGAAGAUGUGAUGGCCAUCAGUGGCAUGACCUUUAUGGACCCCAACAACAUGUGCAGGGACUGUCUGUGUUUGCAAGGAUCUGUGAGUUGCAUCAAUCGUCUGUGCCCACCUGUGAACUGCACAACCCCAAUCAAUGUUCCUGGGGAUUGUUGUCCAACUUGCCCUGAGGAUGUCUGUGGAGAACUUGAAUCACUCAGCCCAUGCCAAGACUGUGAGUGUGUCGAAGGGGCGUGGCGUUGUGUGGAUCGACCCUGUGGUCCUGUGCCAUGUCCAAAUCCUGGAAACGAUGGCUGCUGUCCAGUCUGCGAUUCCUGUACGUAUGGAGGCAAACCUUGGGCUAACGGCGACAGCUUCCCAGCUCCUGAAGAUCAGUGCCGUACAUGUCAAUGUAAUAAUGGAUUUGUGAGCUGUCGGGAUCCAACAUGCCCAUCUGUAGCUUGUAGUCAUCCUGUCAUCCCUGCAGGACAGUGUUGUCCAGUUUGUACAGGACAGUGCACCGUUGAUGGAAUAACCUAUGAUAAUGGAGAAGACUUCACACCUAUAACAGAUCACUGUCAACGCUGCAAUUGCCGAAAUGGACAGGUAUUCUGUGAGGCGAUCACUUGUUCACAGCUCUGUGCGCAUCCUCAAGGAAUACCUGGACAGUGCUGUCCAGUCUGUGAUGGCUGCAGCUUUGAGAACCUACUUCUUUCAAAUGGACAGUCCUUUGGACACCCUGCAGAUGUCUGUCAGAGCUGCUUGUGUGUCAAUGGAAAUGUGGAUUGCCAGACUGUCAACUGCCCAACACUGACAUGCCCAAAUCCAGAGAAGGCAGAAGGACAAUGCUGUGGGAGAUGUCUCGAGUGUACCUACAACGACCAACAGUAUCAGGAUGGAGCAGUAUGGUUUCCCGUUGAUAGGCAGUGUACUCAGUGUGAUUGCAUUGGAGACCAGGUAACCUGUGGUCCACUAGAGUGCCCAGCUUCCCGUUGUACACAUGCUGUCAAGGGCUCUUGUUGCGCCAUUUGCGAAGGCUGUUUGUUUGAAGAAAGGCUUUACAACAAUGGAGAAAAUUUCCGCCCUGAUGAUUGUCGACAGUGCAACUGUGUGAACGGCAAUGUUUUGUGCAUAGAGCAGGAAUGUCCUGUAUUAACUUGUGAAAAUCAAGCGAGAGAUAUAGGACAAUGUUGUGAGCGAUGUGCAGGAUGCACGUAUGAAGGUUUUGAAUACUCCAACGGAGAGUCUUGGGUGUCGCCACUUAAUCCAUGCUUAACUUGCCAAUGUCAAGAUGGUAUGACUGUCUGCACAGAGAUCCGUUGCCUGACACCAGACUUCUGCACAAGUCCCCAGUACCUACCAGACCAGUGCUGUCCAAUUUGUCCAGGCUGUGUAUACAACGGUGUGACCUAUAACGAUGGGCAGCAUUUCAAUCCCUACAAUGAUCCUUGUGAGUCCUGCCACUGUGAGAGAGGUAGCUUACUCUGCCUGCGAGAGAGUUGCCCCACCAUGGUGGACUGUCCAGGGGAGCAGAUCAUUCCGCCAGCCAUCGGAGAAUGCUGUGCCACAUGUACAGCCGAGCAACGAACAAGGGAAUGCACCUCUGCUAAUGUUGGAGAAGUCUUCAAACCCUACAGUGAUCCUUGUUACACAUGUGAGUGCAAGAACCUGUCACUCUGGGAAUGCAUGAGUGAAAUGUGCCCGAUGCUAAGUUGUCCCCGGUCUGAACAGUUUGUAGCCCGGGAUGAAUGCUGUCCUCGUUGUCAGCGUUGCAUCGAUGAAGAAACUGGCACCAAUUACCUAGACGGACAAUCCUGGAGCCGAGGUCUUGACAAUUGCAUAAGCUGCAACUGCAAUGGUGGAGCCAUUGAGUGUGAGAUCCAACAAUGUGAGCAACCAACAUGCCCUGAGGGAGAGGAACUGUACAAACCUGAAGGUUCAUGCUGCUUUGCUUGCAGGACAGCUGCUCAACCUUGCACCUACCAAGGCAUCUUCUACCAGUCAGGGGAUAUGUGGUUGAGAGACGAGUGCACUACCUGUGAAUGUGUAGCAGGAGAGGUCCAAUGCAGAACACAACGCUGCCAAGUCAUGAACUGCGCUGCUGACGAAACUCCUGUUGUGAAUCCUGGAGAAUGUUGUCCAAGAUGCAUCCUGCGUCCUGCAACCUGUAUCGCGUUUGGAGACCCUCAUUAUCGCACCUUUGAUGGAAAGUUGAUCCACUUCCAGGGAGCUUGCCGUUACAUCAUGACCAUGGAUUGUGAAAACCAGGAUUUUAUUGUCGAGGUGACCAACGAUGAUAGGAACAUGGGAGCCGUCUCUUGGACACAGGAAGUUACAGUCAUUGUGAAUGGAAAUGAAGUUAAUUUAGGACAAAGUGGUAUCGUCAGAGUCAAUAAUGAAGUGGUAACAUUACCAUACCUGAUGCAACCAUUUAUUUAUGUUGAGAGAAGAGCCACUACAUUCUAUGUUAAUACAAACUCUGGGGUAUCAGUUCUCUGGGAUGGGAGCAGCUAUGUUGAAGUCAGUGUUCCAGGAACGUAUGCCAGGAAAACAUGUGGCUUGUGUGGAAACUUCAAUGGCUACCCUCAGGAUGACCUGCGCACCAGAUCUGGUCAGCUUGCCAGCUCGGUGGCCGUCUUUGGGAAUAGCUGGAAGGUCUCCGACCAGGAUGGCUGUGAUGUCAAAGAUACGGACCCUUGCACAGAGGCAGGAUUCCAGGCCCGGAAGCUGGCAAACAUAAAGUGCGCUGUACUGAAGUCUCGUAGGUUCACGUCCUGUCAUUCCAAAGUGCCUCCUGAACAGUACUAUGCUGCCUGUGUCUAUGAUCUAUGUGCCUGUGGCUCCAGUGAUACCUGUCUGUGUGAUGCUAUUGCUGCAUAUGCUGCAGAAUGCAGACAAGAAGGAAUUCAUCUCAACUGGAGAUCAUCUUCGCUCUGUGCAAUCGACUGUCCGGUAGACAGAGGCUUCCUGUUUGAUGAGUGUGGUCCUGCUUGCCCCAGGACCUGUGCCAACAAGGACCUUCCACCAGAGAUCGUUAAUGAUCAGUGCUUACGCCCAUGCAUUCCUGGAUGCAACUGUCCAGCCAGUAGAGUCCUGCACGACAGCAGGUGUAUAAGAGAAUCAGAGUGUCCUCUAGACUACAAUGUCAACUCUACAGUCUUAGAGCCACCAAAUUAGUCCAUCUAGGUUUGUUGUAACUGUUCUGGCUGUAGGUGUAUAAGAGAAUCAGAAUGUCCCAGAGACUAUGAUAUCAACUCCAUUGUCUUAGAACUGCCAAAUUAAUCUAUCUAGGUUUGUUGUAACUCGUCGGCCGGCUGGCAGGAGUGCGUUAGCGCACAAGCGACUCGAAAACUACUCCUCAAAUUAUUUGCACUUAAAGAUUUGUAUUAUAUUUAAACUGCUUUCCAUCCCGAAAAUUGGUUUAAAACUUAAAAGACUAAUAGAAAUGUUAUAAUAGAACACGGCCACAUCUUUUGUGUGAAAAUAAGUCAGUUGUAUACAAGUUUGAGGCGAUUUAGUGCUAACGCCCUUCUGCUCAACGCUUCAUUUUUUACCUGAAAUUCGAGCUGACGCCCUUCUGCCAGCCAGGCGACGAACUGUUCUGCCUGUAGGUGAAUUAAAGCUUCAAAUGUGUGGGAGACUACAGUUUAUUUUGUGAUACUGAGCCAUCGAACUAGUCUGCUUAGGACUGAUGUGACUGUGCAUCCAUAGGUGCAUACAUGUCAUUACUUUACAAUGCCGAUGAGACUGAGAAGUUUAUUUUAUGUUUCUUUAACCACCAACCUAGUCUUCUUAGCUUUCAUGUGACUGUUCCACCAGUAGGUGCAUAAAUGCUUCACAGUCAAUGGCUGUAAGAGAAUUUUUAUAUGGUUUAACUUGAACCACCAAAUUAGGUUGAUUCAAAUGGUCUGCCCUCAGGUUCACAAAAACCCAGCAAUUUGAAGGAAACUUCAAGGUUAGUUUUGGGAUUAAUGAGCUUCCAAUCCAGUGUAUUGAACUUUGAAGGAAUUUGUUUCCCCUGUAGUUCCAUAAGUGGCUCACAAUGUGGACACAGGACACAGGACAUAGGACACAAUGAUAGAUUAGAGAUUAUUUUGCAAGCCACCAUACUUAUCUGCUACGCCACAACAAAACUGUUCAUCUGUACAUGUAGGUGCCAUAUUGCCCCACAAUUUCUAAACAAGUAUAGAAAUAUUUUGUGGUACACCAGCCACCAAACUAAUCAUCUGAGCCUCAACGAUAUUGGUUGCCUGUACAUGGAGUGGCUUUCUUUCCCCACAAUCUAUACAGGAGUAUAGAGAUAUUCUGUGAUACUUGAGCCACCAAACUAGUCUACCUUUUCAUUCCUUGAUGUCCCACCAGCAGAAAGUCCACAAGUGUCUUGGAUUGUGAUACAGAGGGCACAGUGCAAGUUUUAUAGAGCCAGCAAUGUAAAUGUGUAUCAAUGUUGUGCUUUUGUUCAAAUCCUGGUAAUUGCUGUUUACGAGAAGAUACAUCUAUUUAAUCCCUUGAAACUCUUUCAUCAAAUCCAGUAAGUGCCUCGUAGUGAUUAGGGGAGCACAGAAACGAGCUUUGUUGAGCUACCAACGUGAAUGCUGAUACAACAUUUGCUUCAGCUACAAUUCUCCAGGCUUUAUUUCAACAAAUAUAUAUAUAGUUAGAGUUAGGGUCUGAACUGCAAUUUGAGUCUCAAGUUGGAUUAAGGGUAAGGAUUAUGGAUAGGUUCAUGUAUUUUAUUUGGUCCAGGGCUGAAUUUACGAAAGCUGUUCAUGUAGGAUAUUACCGCUGAGCAAUUUUUGCUGUAGCAUGUGUCAUACAAUUAAAGGUAAUACACAGUUUUGGUAUGGGAUCAUGAAUUUGGUGCAAAUGAACAUAUUGUAAGCAUAUGCAAUCUUACAAUAUUCAGUUGUCAUGGUUGAAAUUGAGUGUAAAGUGAUGUGAUGAAAUUGUAAAUAACAAAGUUCUUGUGUUGUAUAGCUCCCUCUCAAGGUCAAGAUAUUGAUUUAGCUAUAAAACAUUGUUUUUGACUAAAAUCAACAGAUUGGCUAUUCCUGUUUGGAAAUUAUAUAUCACAACUGCAUAUUCUGAGAUUUUCAUGGUCCCAGCUACCAUUGGAUGGCAGUAGGCGCUAUUUGAAAGUUAUCAAAAUUUACCGGAGCACCAGUAAAUUUUAAUAUUAAAUUUUUUCCAAAAGCAGAAGUGUCUUAGGGGCUAAAUGUUCUAGUGCUUAUAAGACAUCCAUAGGGGCAUCCAAAUAUAUCAACAUUGUAAAGAAUCACUAUCCAGCCAAUUUUCAAAAUCAUUAUCAAAAAACUUUGUAUUACCUUUAAUAUAACCAGUCUUCCAUCUAUUUCUUUUGUGUUUAAGAUUUUAACUCUUCGAAACUGCCUCUUUAUUUUUGUAUGGAAUAUUCAAAGCGUGCUGUGAUAUUUUAGACCCCUGUAGACAUUCAAAAUAUUGUAUAUGAUGGAAACACAUGUACCAAAUGAAUACUGAUGAUGAUUAUUAUUCAUUUGAGGAGGAGAUGUGGUAAUGUACUGUCCGUGUUAAAUGUCCGUGUUAAAUGUCAUUAAGAAAUUGAAUUUAUCCAAAGGAGUUUGAGAUACAUGUAACUGUCAUUUACUCUGAUGGCUGCAUACCAAGGUCAUAUAUGUUAUGUCUUGAAGUUGUGCUAGACUAAGCCUUCAUAUUUACAUGUAGAACGAAAUGCAAUCCCCAUGCAAGAUAAUAAUCUUCUAGAAGAAAUGGUAAUUUUGGAGCUUGGAUUUUGGAUUUGGUCAAUAUUGCUUUUGGUAACGAAACUCUUACACAUUAUACGUGCCUGAUAAGAAGGAUUAGAGGUUUGGAAAUUGAAGAUUAGAAAAGUUAAUGGAUAUGAUUGCAGCUUACAGGUGUGGUAUUGACAGAUGAUAUCAUGGCUGUCAUAAACCCUCUUCACAUAUGAUAACUAAUGCUGCUACACAUGCUCUUGCGACAGUUGCUCUGGGUAUCAUUGUGGCACAGAUAUGGCGAUACGGUAAGGUUUUUAGGUAGAGGUAUUGUGGUCUAGUGGAAACAUCGCUGGACUGUCGAUCGCAUGGUCAGCAGUUCAAUUAAGUACUGUCGUGGCAGUAAUGUUCAUUUGCAAUACAUUAAUCUACAUUUGCCAUUCUCCACCCAGGUGUUACAUGGGUACUGGGUGGGAUUCAAAGGUUAAUAUGGUUUAAUUUGUGCGCUUGUAAAAUGAUGCAUGGCAUGAAUACUCCUCAGAGACGGAGCAUGUGCACUAUCAUGUGUGUAUUACCAAGUGAAUCUAAAGACCUGGAAUAAUAUUAACAAUGUAAAAUGCUUAGAAAUGUACGUUGAAGCAUAUUUUAAAAAUGUGACUAUUAUUUUUUUUAAGUGGGUCUUAGGUUUGAUUUAAGGUUUAGAGUAAGCGCUACAUGUAGGUAGAGUGUAUGGUCCAGGGUUGAAGUUAAGAAUUUGGUUGUUGUAUGAUAGUGACCACGGAGCAUCUGUUGCCUGGGCAUGUCUUGUACAUUCCUGCUACCUCUCUGUAAAAUAACUUUAAUAUUUUUUCUUUUAUAGAUAUCCUACUGAUAGUAGCAUAUAUGAAUCAAUGCCAACAGAUAAUGCAGUACAGAUGUGGUUUUCUCCCUCCCAUUUUACGCCUCUUUGCUGCUCUUAAUCCUAGCAAAUUGGAAUGAACAAUGAAGAUGCACACUGUUAAGGUCCUUCAUAACUCACAUCGUAUCUGUGUUUUAUAGGGUGCAUUACAGGCUGGUGUGAAAUGCACCAUGCAUUACUAGCUUUUGCCCUUCUUUUAAACCUUGUAUGCACUGGAUUGUAAAGGUGCUGUGUCAAAGGGAUUAAAGUGGUGCAUCUUUUUAUUUUUAAGACGCGUGGGAGGAAGGAAGAACUUCAAAGGUACCUUAUUAUUCUCAUUUUUUCUUUGCAUGGCAUUCAACAGCUUUUAUGUCCCGAUUUCCAUACCUGAAUAAUUUCAGAGAACGCUGUUGUUUUUUAAAGUGACAUUUACAGUGUAUAUAACAUGGCAUCAGAGAAAGAUUAACAUAAUUUAAAUUAGAGCAGUUGCAAAUGGGGCAUCUUUUUUCAACUUUGAUUCAACCUUUUUCAACUUUGAUGCAACCUUUUGAUAGGGGUUGAUGCAACCUUUUAUGAAUCAUCCUUUUUUCCCCAUUAGAUGUCUUCAUUGCUUUACUUUGCUUCAACAAAAUAUCUUCAUUAUCAAGAGCAAAUAACACUUCAGAACAAAAGAGGAAAUAAACAAAUAAAAAA